AUGUCAGACAUUGAGAAUAAAUCGCUUGAAGAUGUUAGCAAGCUGGACUUGCGAACCGUCGAGGUCUCAGAUGCAGAACAGAGAUGGAUUCGAAGACAGUUUGACUUUCGGGUUCUUCCAAUUGUCUGUAUACUUUAUACUCUCUCGUACCUCGACCGCGGCAACAUCGGCAAUGUAAAGACAGCGGGUGCGGACACCGACCUUGGACUAAGCAGCUCGCAAUGGGCCUGGGUCCUCAAUGCAUUCUAUAUCGUCUAUGUUCUUUGUGAAUGGACACAGUUGCUUUGGAAAACACUGCCAGCUCACAUAUUCGUUACAUGCCUGAGCGCGCUCUGGGGCGCGGCAGCGAUGUGUUCCGGCGCCGUAGACAGCAUGGCUGGCUUGAUCGCAUGCCGUUGCUUCUUGGGCAUGUUCGAAGCCGCCUUUGGAGCUGGUGCGCCAUAUUACCUAUCUUUCUUCUACCAAAGAAGAGAGUUGGGAAUGCGUGUAUCGCUUCUACUCGCUAUGUCUCCGCUCGCCAACUGCUUCGCCUCAGCACUGGCAUAUGGCAUCAUGCACAUCAAUGCAUCAAUUGCCUCGUGGAGACUUCUCUUCAUCAUAGAGGGAGCACCAAACAUUCUGUUUGCUCCAGUCGUCUUCUUCUUUCUCCCAGAUGCUCCAGACAAGGCGAAGUUCCUUUCAGAGGCAGAACAAACCCACGCCCUUGAGCGCUUGCAUACAAUCGACAGAACUGAGAAGUCAAAGCUGCAGUGGUCACAGAUCUUCGCCGGCCUCACUGACUACCAGUCUUACGUACACACACUCAUCCACUUCUGCUGCAAUUACUCCUUUGCUGCACUUUCCAAUUUCUUACCCACGCUUGUUAAAGACAUGGGAUACUCUUCAGUAGAUUCUCAGGGCCUUACUGCACCAGCUUAUCUGACUUCAUUCCUUUUGUGUCUUGUUGCCGCCUACGUAUCCGACAAAUAUGAAAAGAGAGGUUACGUUGUGGCUGGAUCCGCAACAGUUGGCUUCAUCGGCUACCUUCUACUCGUCUUGAUUCGCGACGAGGACAAAACAGGCCCGAGAUACGCCGGUAUCUUUCUGGCAUCAUGUGGCGUCUUCCCUGCAUUAUGCAUCAACAUGACUUGGUUACUCAACAACCAGGGCAGCGAUUCGAAACGAGGAGCCGGCCUUGCUGUUUUGGCUGUUCUCGGUCAGUGUUCAUCGUUUUUGAGCAGUACAAUGUUUCCUGAAAGCGACGGGCCAUUCUAUUUCAACGGCUGUGUCCUUGGCUGUGCUUUCACGGCUCUAAUCGUUGUGCUUGCGGGAGGCUUGCAUUUCAAGCUGGAAUAUGAGAAUAGGAAGAGGGACAGGCUGUAUGGCAAGGUUGAGAAAGAUGUCUGCGUUGAUGUAACGCAGGCUGGCGACAAAAGCCACCAAUUCCGAUAUGUAACGUAG